CUCCGUGCUUGUCCCGGAGAGAAAGCAGGGGCUCCUUCUGCUCCAGUCUCCCGGAGAGCCGAGGUUGCAGGGAAGUCACAUCAGCAUCUCUGUGGACAGGACACACCUGGAGCCCAGCCACAGCCACAGGACCUACUUCCAGGACGAGCCAGGGGCCUCCAUGGGCGCUUGAGGGUAGGGCGCCAGGGCUGCGGGCACGAGUAUGGUGAGACACCAGCCCCUGCAAUACUAUGAGCCUCAACUGUGCCUCUCCUGCCUCACGGGCAUCUACGGCUGCCGCUGGAAACGCUACCAACGCUCACAUGAUGACACCACACCGUGGGAGCGCCUGUGGUUCCUGCUGCUCACCUGUACCUUUGGCCUCACGCUCACCUGGCUCUACUUCUGGUGGGAAGCCCACAACGACUAUGAUGAAUUCAACUGGUACCUCUACAACCGCAUGGGCUAUUGGAGCGACUGGUCUGUGCCUAUCCUUGUGACCACAGCCACUGCCUUCACGUACAUCGCAGGCCUCCUGGUCUUGGCACUAUGUCACAUUGCUGUGGGGCAGCAGAUGAACUUGCACUGGCUACACAAGAUUGGGUUGGUGGUCAUCCUGACCUCCACAGUGGUUGCCAUGUCAGCAGUGGCCCAGCUGUGGGAAGAUGAGUGGAAGGUGCUUCUGCUCUCCCUGCAGGGCACAGCACCAUUCCUGCAUAUAGGGGCCCUGGUGGCCAUCACUGCGCUCUCCUGGAUUGUAGCAGGACAAUUCGCCCGCACAGAAAGAUCCUCCUCCCAGGUCACCAUCCUCUGCACCUUCUUUGCUGUGGUCUUUGCUCUCUACUUGGUUCCUCUUGCCAUCUCUUCUCCCUGCAUCAUGGAGAAAAAGGACCUGGGCCCCAAACCUGCCCUCAUCGGCCACCGUGGGGCCCCUAUGCUGGCCCCAGAGCACACACUGAUGUCCUUCCGGAAGGCCCUGGAGCAGAAACUAUAUGGGCUUCAAGCUGACGUCACCAUCAGCUUGGAUGGUGUGCCCUUCCUCAUGCAUGACACCACUCUGCGGCGCACCACCGAUGUGGAGCAGGUAUUCCCAGAGCUUGCCUGGAGGCCUGCAGCCAUGCUCAACUGGACUGUUCUGCAGAGGCUCAACGCUGGCCAGUGGUUCCUCAAGACGGACCCCUUCUGGACAGCCAGCUCCCUAUCACCCUCCGACCAUAGGGAAGCCCAGAACCAGUCCAUCUGCAGCCUGGCAGAGCUCCUGGAGCUAGCCAAGGGCAACACCACGCUGCUGCUCAACCUUCGCGACCCACCCCGUGAGCACCCUUACCGUGGCAGCUUUCUCAAUGUUACACUGGAGGCCGUGCUGCGCUCUGGCUUCCCACAGCACCAGGUCAUGUGGCUGCCUAACAAACAGAGGCCUCUAGUACGGAAGGUGGCUCCUGGCUUCCAGCAAACAUCGGGCUCCAAGGAAGCCAUUGCCAGCCUACGGAAAGGGCACAUCCAGAGGCUAAACCUGCGCUACACUCAGGUGUCCCACCAGGAGCUCAGGGACUACGCAUCCUGGAACCUGAGUGUAAACCUCUACACUGUCAAUGCACCGUGGCUCUUCUCCCUGCUCUGGUGCGCUGGGGUCCCAUCUGUCACUUCUGACAACUCCCAAGCCCUUUCCCGGGUGCCUUCUCCCCUCUGGAUCAUGCCUCCAGACGAGUACUGCCUAAUGUGGGUUACUGCAGAUCUGAUCUCCUUCAGCCUCAUCAUUGGCAUCUUCGUGCUCCAGAACUAUCACUUGAUCAGGUGGCGUCUGGGUGGCAUACGGAGUUAUAACCCUGAGCAGAUCAUGCUGAGUGCAGCUGUGCGCAGGACCAGCCGGGAUGUCAGCAUCAUGAAGGAGAAGCUCAUCUUCUCAGAGAUCAGUGAUGGGGUGGAGGUCUCCGAUGAGCUCUCCGUGUGUUCAGACAGCAGUUAUGACACCUAUGCCAACAGCACAGCCACCCCUGGGGGCCCUCGAGGUGGUGGCACCUGCACCAAGACCCUCACAGACCGGGGUGGGCGUUAGCUGAAGAUCUGUCUGCCCAACUUGUUCUGAGGGCAGAAAUUGGAAGAGUAGGAAAGCUGACAGAAGCUGGUCCUGAAGUGCUCAGGGAGCUGGCGCCACAGCCUCCUUGUGGACCCCAAGCCCCUUAUCAGUUCCAGCCUCUCUUGGAGGGGCUCUGCUGGGCUGGGACUCUGGCCUCUCAUAUGCCCCUGCAGGCCUGGGGCUUCUUCAUCUAGGAAGUGAGGGCCUGGUCUCCUGGUCCACUCUUGAAGCCCUCCCUGACCUCCCAGCCUGGAAGCUUUGGUGAGUGACUGGGCUGUGCCAUGUCCCCUGUGCCAGGGGAGGCUGUGGAUGCCUACCUGUGCCCACACCUGUCUAUCUACCUGUCUGUCUUGUGAGGUGACUGACUCCGUUUUCAUCCUGCCUUGAGGACUUUGGCUGGACUUCCACCCUGGCCUGGCAACUCUGUUCUCAACAGCAGUCUCAAAGCACAAGGAAUGUUGGCCCAGAAAGAAACUCAGUGGAUGUGGUGGAGACAUGUCCCUCCAGUCUUCUACCACCUCUGGCCACUCCUCCAGCAAGGAUUUGAGCCGUGUCCCUGAGAAGCAGCUAGCGAUGGCCAGAAGCAUUGGCACAGGGCUGUUCUGUCUUAUGCCCAACUGUCCAACAAGGCCUCUGGGGCAGAAGCGGCCGUGAGGCCCAGGAGAUCAAUAGACUGAUAUGACCUCAGGUUCCCACAGCAGUGGCCACAGAUCAGGGGCCACCUGGGCAAAGUGCUCUGGGCUCAGUCAAGCAUUGGCCUGUGGCCCAGGAGGCCCUCAGUGGAGGGUGCCUGAGGGCCAUGGGCAGGAUGAUUAAAGCUGCCAUCUUGAUGUG